AUGUAUGCAGCAGCAAAUAGGGAUUACAAGCAGCUCUGUUUUUUGAAGAAGAGGCAAUAUGAACAACAAAAUUUAGAUGCCCUAAGCAGUGCAAGGUCUUCCGCAGAAUUUUGGAAAGCUGUAAAAACCAUAAAUGGUAGAACCAAUAGGAUCAGUUCCUCGUUGAAAGCAGUAGAGCUACGAGACUAUUCUGAAAAGCUUCUCAACACCCCGCGGUUCUCACCGCUUCCACAGUAUGCAGCCCCUUUUUUCAUGGACGAGCUUCUUGAUGCACCGUUUUCAGCUUUGGAAGUGGCGAAUGUGAUUGAAAAGGCUAAAGCAGGAAAAGCUCCAGGAGAUGACCGAAUACCAAUGGAAUUCUACAAGAACUGUACGAUCGAAUUUGUGUUCGCAUUAAGCGAGGAAUUGAACAGAAAGGGAGCUUUUAAUAAACCAGAAAACUACCGGGAUUUACGCGCUGCUUUUGAUUCCAUUGCAAGUGAGGCACUUUUUUAUAAGUUGUACAAGAUUGGAAUCUCAAGUAAAAUUAUAAAUGUAUUGAAAGCUAUGUAUGAAAGCAACGCCUCGUGUGUUUGGGAUGGUGAAUUCAUUUUAGAAGAUUUCGCAACGGAAAUGGGUGUUAAACAAGGCUGCGUUUCGAGCACCUUGCUCUUAAUAUUAUUUAUAAAUGAUAUCGUUGAAGCUAUUGGAGGAGGAAUUGAGCUUGGUCAAAUAUGGGUGCCAUGUCUGUUAUUUGGCGACGACAUAGUCUUUCUGUCGGAGUCUGUUGAUGGAAUGCAGAGAAUGAUUACCCGACUCGAAAGCUAUUGCGGUCUUUGGAAUCUUUCAGUUAAUUUGGAAAAAUCGAAAAUGAUGGUCUUCAGAAAUGGUUGCGGCAGAUAUUCUCGGAACGAAAAGUGGAAAUAUGAAGGUCAAAAUAUUGAAAUUGUACGGGAGCACAAAUAUCUAGUUCCGCUGACAUCCGUUGAAGGCGUCCUAGGACGACAAGCAAUGCUUCCAUGUGAUAUAACACCAAUGGAACGAGACGAUGCCGUUUACAUGGUGCUUUGGUUUCGCGAAGGUGACGGAGAGCCCCUUUAUAAUUUUGAUGUGAGAGGUCGUCAAUAUGGACAAGCUAAACUUUGGUCCUCGCCUACAGCAUUCGGUACACGUGCAUACUUUAGCAGCACAUCGCAUCCGGCUCAACUUAAAAUUGACAAUAUUAAAUUGUCCGACGAGGGUGUAUACAGAUGUCGUGUGGAUUUUCGAAAUUCUCCAACACGUAAUCUCAAAAUCAAUUUAACAGUGAUUGUACCGCCAGAAAGACCAAUUAUUUUUGAUACAAAACGUCAUGAACGAACGAAUAAUGUCGAAGCCUACAACGAAGGUAGCGAUGUAAUCCUGGUUUGUGAAGUGGGUGGAGGACGCCCACGACCAAACGUAACAUGGUACUUGGACAAUACUGUGAUUGAUGAAUCCUUUGAACAUCGACCGGAUGGAAAGACCGUUAACCACUUGUCAUAUCCAAAUAUUGGCAGACAACAUUUGAAUGCGAGAUUGGUCUGUGUAGCUAGCAAUACAAAUCUAACGCCGCCCAACAACAAGGUCGUCAUCCUGGAUGUCAAUUUAAAACCAGUGGCUGUGCAUAUUCUGACGAAAGAGAAAUUCGUUUCGGCCGAUCGAACAUACGAUGUCGAAUGCAGAAGUUCCGGAUCCAAACCAGCGGCCAUUGUAACGUGGUGGAAGGGCAAUAAACAAAUUAAACGAUUGGCCAAAAAUUUUUCUGAACCAGAUAAUCAGUCACUCAGUAUACUAACUUACACUCCUAGUCGUGAUGACGAUGGCAAAUAUUUAACUUGUCGGGCGGAAAAUCAAUACAUCAUGGACAGUGCCAUCGAAGAUAAAUGGCGAUUGGUUGUUCAUUAUCAACCAGUAGCCAUAAUGAAAAUGGGUUCUUCAUUGAAUCCAGAUGAUAUUAAAGAAGGUGAUGAUGUUUAUUUUGAAUGCCAAAUUCAAUCAAACCCAAAACCCUACAAGAUGUCAUGGUUUCAUAACGGCAAUGAAUUGCAUCACAACAUCUCGGCGGGAAUAAUCCUUUCAGAUCAAUCACUGGUGUUGCAGAGCGUGACACGCGCAUCAGCAGGUGAUUACACAUGUAUGGCAGCCAAUCCAGAGGGUAAGGGCACCAGCAAUCCUGUGACGUUAAGGGUCCGAUAUGCUCCAAUUUGUUCGAUGGAACAUGAAGAGCUGUUAGGCGCACUUAAACAUGAAACUUUAAUGUUGAAAUGCGAAGUAGAUGCAUCACCACCGGCAGAUUCGUAUCACUGGACAUUCAAUUCUUCAGGGGAACAAACUGAAUUACCCGCCAGGCUGCAUUCAACAGAAACUGGAUACUCGCGUCUGAAUUACACACCAACCACAGAUCUGGACUACGGUGCGAUAUCCUGCUGGGGAAGAAACUCAAUUGGAGUUCAGAAGACACCAUGCAUUUUUCAAAUUGUAGCUGCAGGACGACCUUUCCCGUUGCAGAAUUGCACGGUAACAAAUCAAUCAACAGACUCGUUGCAAGUUGAUUGCAUCGAAGGUUUCGAUGGUGGAUUGCCACAAGGAUUCAUCAUGGAAUUAGUUGAGCUGUCUACAUUGCGGCUGGCAAGGAAUAUAAGUCUGACGGAUCUUUUAAAGCCUAAAAUAACCCCGACAAAGUGGAAACUCGCAGCACUUGGAUUCUUAGUCGACUCUCUGGGCUGUGCAAUUACAUUUAACGAGCUGGAAGAAACUCUGAAGACGCUUAAAGAUAGAAAAGCAGCUGGUUCGAAUGCCCAAGCCGAUUUACCAUCGUGGGGAAUGACGGCCAAUUUCUUCCAAACUACCCAUCAAACCAAGACCAAUCCAAAAACACUCAAGACAUUUGUACUCGUACAAACAAUGUAA